AUGACAGUGGCCACCGAGUUGGUGAAAGAUAUUUCAACUGGAGAGCCCCAAAAAAGCCAGGCCUACAAAGAUGCACCGGAAACUAAUGCCGUUGACCUGCUGAGUCGUCCAGCUUUGGACGCGCCAACUUCAGCUCCUGCACCACCUCCAACCAAUCUUCCAGCUUCCGCCGUCCCAGAGAACCCGGUGAUCGAAAGUAGCGUUUGGGACACCGAGCAGAACACCAUUCAUUCACCCGUGUCUGAGCUCAGAUUCAAUCCUCUGAGACCACCAUCCGCCUUCGAGAUGCUGAAGUCCCGGCUGCGCCAAGUUCCUCUCCCUGCCACUUGUCCCUGGCCCCCGGAGGAUGUCCUCCUUUGCUGGCAGAACGAGCCUGAUCACAAGAAGGGCGUGGUUGGCGAACUCAAAAGAGUGAAGCAGCUCUAUUUGUUCCACCGCAACGGCGCCGUUCUUCUGAGACAGGAACUUUGGCACUUCCCCGCCUCGGCGUUGGAGGACGCCGUUCAGGCCGCUGGCAGGUCCAUUAACGAGGGCCGCUACGCGGUGGCGCCGGCCGAGCGGCGGGUGACGCUCACCUGGGAUCGACGUGCUUGGGCCAGCAGCACCGGAGCCGCCGCCGCCCCCGCAGAGGUGCGCUUCGAUCCGUGGGGGGCGGAUGAUGCUCGUUUUGGUGAGGUCUACGACCUGGAAGAGCUGUCCGAACGGUCGAAGAGUCCAGGCGCAAAGCCGAUGGCCUGGGCGGAUCACCAGCUGUCGGAAGAGACAUUGAAGGAUUUGGAAGAGGAAUUGAAGGGGAAUGGGCCUUGGAAUCCGGAGAAUCUAUGGUUCUUUACCGCGGACCUGGGUUGA